CUGUCUGCUUUUUUCUAGCUUGUUUUUGCUGUUUGAUUUGCUUAUAAUUGCUGCUCAGAAAUACCCAUCUUUUUUGUUUUGGCAAAUUUGGUACAUAUAUAUGCUCUUAGAGAGAUCAUCUGUUCUGUUUGGCUAUGAAACUUUUGUUGUUGAUACCCAGAUGUCCAAUUUCAUUUCAUCUAUAUAUGAAUUUGGGUUUGAGCUCUGUUUUGUUGGUUAACAAAUAAGUAGCUACUGAUUCGAGAAGGUUCAGCUGCCCAACAUUUGCUUUUCUAUUGGAUCAACCAGAUUCCUUAAAUAAUAGCUACCCCAUUUGCAUACAUAUGGAUGUACCCCAAACCAAUUCGAUAUUACCCGAACCCGUUCUAACAUAUAGGACAGUCGACAGCCAGCUAAAUUAGUGGGAUACCCUUUCACGUAUUUUAUUUAAGGAUACUCUUGACUCUUGAGUUCUUAAGGAUACCCCGUCACGUAUUUUUGGGCGCCGUAAUUCUUUACUAAUAAUUUUUUUUUGAGUUGUAUUUGAAUAUCUAUCACUCGGAUCUGAUCAGUUCUCGACAACUCGAGCAAUAAGUAAUAAGCGAGAAAUUCAUCCUUGAGGUUUCUUCAUUUACCCAAAAAAAAAAAAAAAAAAUUAGACUUUUUGUUUUUGUUUUUGUGGUCAAUAGAAAAUUGGCUUACCCUUUAAUUAAAUCAAAUCAUUUCUCCAAGUACAGUGAGUUGAGUGCUAAAGUACUCGCCUUUCUUCCAAAGGCACAGGCUUUCUCUGGUUAGUUAGCCUAACAAACACGGUGAAGGUCACGGGUUCAAAUCUCACUGAUAUUAGGAAUGGGAUAGGGUGGGGAGUUACAUUGUCGUCGUCCAAAGUCAAAAAAAGUACUCGCCUUUCUUCCAAAGGCACAGGCGUUCUCUGGUUCUUGUUAGUCACCUCUCUGAAAAACGUCCUAUGUCCCCUUAGCCAUGACCCUGUAUAUGCCCUUAUUCAGGUCAUGCACAACCCUACGAACACUGACCCAACUCCACGCCCAUCUCCUAGUCUCAGGUCUCCACAGAGACCCACAAGCCUCCACCAAGCUCAUCGAGUCCUACUCCCAACUGGGUUCCCUCCACUCCUCAACCCAGCUCUUUCAAACCUUCCCUAACCAAGACCCUUUCAUGUGGGGCGUCCUCAUCAAAUGCUUCAUGUGGAACCGCCGCUUCCACGAAGCCAUCUCACUCUACCAAGAAAUGCUGCAAUGCUCAGUGGGCAUGAGUAGGUUUAUAUUCCCUUCUGUUUUGAGAGCCUGUUCGGGCUGUGGUGAGCUCAGUGUGGGUAGGAAGGUCCAUGGGAGGAUAGUGAAAUGUGGGUUCGACGACUCGGAUGCUGUGGUCGAGACCGCAUUGCUUGGUUUGUAUGGGGAGCUGGGGUGUUUGGAUGAUGCAAGGAAGGUGUUUGUUGAAAUGCAUGUGAGAGACGCCGUGUCGUGGAGUUCGGUUAUCUUGUGUUGUGUGGAGAAUGGAGAGGUGAGUGAAGGGUUGGAGAUGUUCCGUGGGAUGGUGAUGGAAGAAGGUGUUGUACCGGAUUCGGUCACAAUGCUUAGUGUAGCUGAGGCUUGUGGGAAGUUGGGGUGGUGGAGAGGAGCUAGGUCAGUGCAUGGUUUUGUUGUUAGAAGGGAGUUUAGAAAGGACGAGUCUUUGGAUAGUUCUCUGAUUACAAUGUACAGCAAGUGUGGCGACUUGAAGAGUCCGGAAAGGAUUUUUCAUAAUGUUGCUCAUCGGCACACUGCAUCUUGGACCGCAAUGAUUUCCUGCUACAAUCAAGCUGGUUCUUUCUCAGAAGCACUGGAUGUUUUUGUUAAGAUGCAGGAGUCUGGAGUGGAGCCGAAUGCUGUGACGUUGAUGUGCAUUCUAAUGUCUUGUGUUGGGUUAGGCUUGCUCAAAGAAGGGAAGUCUGUUCAUGGAUUUGUUAUUAGAAAGGCUGUAGACCCUGACCUUGAUUUUUUGGGGUCAGCAUUGUUAGAGUUAUAUGCUGAAAUUGGGGGACUAAGCUAUAGUCAGAAAAUUCUUAAUAUGAUUGGAGUCAGAAAUGUUGUUCCUUGGAAUACAAUUAUUUCAGUUUAUUGUCAGAAAGGUCUGCUGAGAGAGGCAUUGCUACUCUUUGUGCAGAUGCAGGCCCAAGGACUAAUGCCAGAUUCAUUCAGCAUGUCAAGUGCUCUCGCCGCUUGUGGAAAGAUGGGUUUAUUAGAGAUUGGGCAUCAGAUACAUGGUCAUAUAGUCAAACGAGGCUAUUUGGAUGAGUUUGUGUUGAACUCACUAAUUGAUAUGUACUCAAAAUGUGGGUUUGUAGAUUCAGCAUACAUAAUAUUUGACGAGAUGAAACAUCCUGGUAUCAUAACAUGGAAUUCUAUGAUCUCGGGAUUUUCUCGUAGUGGUAACUCUGUCAUGGCUAUCAGUCUUUUUGACCGAAUUUAUCUGAACCGUCUUGAGAUUGAUGAAGUCACCAUUUUAAGUGUUAUUCAAGCUUGCUCCGAAUUAGGUUAUUUAGAAAAGGGAAAAUGGGUUCACCACAAGCUCAUAACCUAUGGUGUGAGGAAAGACCUCUAUAUUGAUACAGCUUUAACUGACAUGUAUGCUAAGUGUGGUGACCUUCAGUCAGCUCAAGGUGUAUUUGAUACGAUGGUAGAAAGAAGCGUUGUGUCUUGGAGUGUCAUGAUCGCUGGGUAUGGAAUACAUGGCAAGAUACGUGCUGCCAUAUCACUCUUUAGUCAAAUGUUAGAAACUGGAAUCGAACCAAAUGAGGUUACAUUCAUGAAUAUUCUUUCAGCUUGUAGUCAUGCAGGUGCUGUUGAAGAAGGGAGGUUAUAUUUUAGAUCAAUGAGGGAUUUCGGCAUUGAGCCCAAUGCAGAACAUUUUGCAUGUAUAGUUGACCUUCUAAGUCGAGCCGGUGAUCUGAAUGGAGCCUAUGAUAUCAUUAAAUCAAUACCAUUCUCUGUUGAUGCCAGCAUAUGGGGCGCCCUGCUCAAUGGAUGUCGAAUCCACCAGAGGAUGGACAUGAUUAAAAGCAUCGAAAAAGACCUUUUAUAUAUUAAGACAGAUGACACUGGCUACUACACCUUAUUUUCUAACAUAUAUGCUGAAGUAGGGAACUGGGAGGAAUUUGGGAAUGUGAGAUUAAUGAUGAAAGGUAUUGGUCUGAGGAAGGUCCCUGGAUACAGUGUAAUUGAGAUUGAUAAGCGAGUGUAUAGAUUCGGAGCUGGAGAUACUCCUCUUCCUCAAAUGAAGGAGGUUUACGGGUUUUUGGAAAACUUUCAGUGUCCAACUCAUGGAAUCGGGAUAACAUAG